AUGGGAUUUAAAAGUUGUAGAAUAGACCUGAUCGGCUGCACUUACGUCAAGAUGACGUUCAGUAUCAGUGGACAACCGAACAAUACGUACUUUGCCCGUUUGCACCAUAGCACUUAUAAAAUAUCAGCGAAUAUUGAUUUGCGUCUGAACUACGCAGAUUUCCUGAAGCUGAUAUUCACUGGCAUGGAUGAAUCAUAUUGCGGAGUUUUGCAAAGAAAGGAGAAGUCGAAAGAUUUCAAAACUUCGGAAUUGAUCAAAUGUGAGAAAUGGCUGUUUGGUUAUUUCCUGUGCCUAAGUAAACCGUACGAAAACUGCGACUAUGCGAUGAGCAGUCGGUGUAAGUAUUAUCACGACCGGUUAGAAUGUUUUAACAAACACAGCUUUGUGAUCAAACGCGAUGCCGAGCAACCGUACGGAAAAUGUCCUCAAACAUACAUUGACUUUUCGAAACCAUGCGUGUGCAAGACAUGCAGCUGGACUAUGUGGGGCUCAUGGUCAAAGCCAAACGGAACAUGUGGUCGGGUUGCUGCUCUGAGAUAUCGGCCAAGAGAUGGCAUGAAUGAAACGAUAUGUCAACAGAAUGAGACGAAGUCAUACUGCUGUGAAGACAUGAAAAUCAUUUACCUUGAAGACUGUCAUAAAGACAAGAUCGCGAUGGCACUUUUUGAAAAGAUUCCGAAGGGUAACCUUUUGCAAAUUUUGUAA